AUGAGUUUCAAGAUAAUAUAACCUAAAUCGCCUUUCAAGUAAAGGUCUGUAUCACCUAAUUAGAAGAAAAACUAAUAAAAAAUAGCUAAUUUUGAAAACUCAUUUUAUGGUGAGACAAGUGAUUAUCAAAAUUUUAAAAUGAGUAGAAUCUUAGAUAAUUAAACUCAUUUAAUUUAACCUGAACCAUUAAGCAAUAUAAAGGAAAUAGCUAGGGAUAUAUUAGAUCUGGCGCAAAAUCACUAGGAUGAUUCUUAUGAAAAAAAUUUAAAAUCAUCUAAAUAGAUUGAUCCUCUUGAUACAGUUAACAGGCUGCUGAAUGCUGAAUAUAAAAAGAAGGAAAAAAUACUAAAUAAAUAGAUAAACGUUUAUAUGGAUGAAUUAGCAGAGAUGUAAAGUGGCGUAAAGAUAAAUCCUAAAUCAGAACAUAUCCUAAGAAACAAGAAUUACUAACCUAUUCACUUAAGGACUGAAGAGGUGAUUUAAUAAAAAUAGGAAAAAUUAUAUAAAUUAUAUUAGCAAUAUUAAGAAGAAAAAGAGUUGAAAGAUCCUUAACCCUCUUUCACUCCAAAUCUUGAAAAACAUAAUCAAAUACAUAAGAGAACCUUUUAAGAAUUUAUAUCAGACAUGGACAACUGGAUUGAAAAGAAGAAUAAAAAUAAACAAGUUAACACAUAUCAAGUUAUAUCUUAGUAGAUGGAAAAAACCACUUUUAAGCCUAAAAUAAAUAAAAAAUCUUUAUAAAUUUUGAAAGAAAAGAAUAAAAACUAAGAAAAUUUAGACCUAGCAGCAAGAAUGGAGAUUAAAAGCAAAGAGUAUGAGCAAAACAAGAAAUAAUUAGAAAUGCAAAUUAAAUAAAAAUACUCUUACACUCCUUAAAUUAAUUAAAAAUCCAAAAGAAUGGCAAGUCGUUCUUAAAAUAAAAGAAAUUUUAAAGAUGGAACUGCUGCAUCAAACUCAAAAUCUCCUCCUAAAUCGAAAAAUUUUGUUAUAGAAAUGCCACAUAAUAAAAAUUUAGAUACUUCACCAAGAACUUUAGUAAAAUCUCAUAGUUCAAUUUCUAUAAGACAAAAUCAAAGUUCAAUAAGACCUUCUUUAAAAAAUGAUAUCUAAAACAGUAACAAUAAGCUGUAGCAAUAAGAAAAUAUUAGUUUUCAAAGAUAGUCUUCGUUCGAUUAGCUAAAACCAAAUCAAAGUUAUUCUAAUGAUUUCAGGGUAGAUGAAAUUGCCAAUAAUCGAGAAGAAAUAUUGAAAAAACUCAGUGAUUAUGAUAAAUUUAAAUAAUAUGCAGAUAAUAAGCUUGUUUAGAGUUAAUCAGCAAGAAAUGAAGAAAAUGUUAGAUAGCAAUAGUAAAUCAGAGAAAGAAUUUAAUAAUAAAACAACAAUUUCAACAAAGUAUAAUUUUUGGAAACUGUUUAGCAAUAUAAUGUUUCUAAAGACUCAGAUUUGAGUUCAAAUCAUAUGAAUUAAUAGAGGUCAGUUUCACCUUUCUAAAAUAAUAGUGCAUUGCAUAGCAAUCAGUCUUCUUAUUUUCAUACAAGAAAGAAAUCUCAUAGUAGAUCAAUAUCACCUAAUCAAAAUCACUAACAAUAAGUUAGUAAAUACAGCUAAAAAAUGACAUUAUCUCCAAGUAAAAAUUCCUAAACUCGAUCUUUAUAGCUAUAAGACAGCUAAAGACAAUCAAACAAUUAUGCAUUAUCAUCAAAGGACAGUGUCAAUUAAGUUUUAUAUCACCCAAAUUUGGAUUUUAUUAUUGGAAUACUCUCUAAAAAAGAAAAGAUAAAUAAAUGA